AUGGCCAGGUCAGAAGCAACCCGGAGCCCCUCUCAUGACGGCACUACUCUCCUCCCUGGGUUUGCAGCCCUUGCUCUAGCCGUCCGUCAUUUGGCACCUCGGCAGACGUCCAAUACUACUCAAUACUAUACGGUCCUCGAGGGGGAUCGCAUCUUCAGCAUUGCUGCCAAAGUUGAUCGCGGAGUCUGCGACAUCGCGCGCGCCAAUCGGAUGAUGGACGCGGAGUACCUCGUCCCUGGAUUUUCUCUGAUCAUCCCAGAUACAAUCAGCGACCCAGACAAUGAUACAUGUCUCUUGAUGGCUCAGAACGCCACCGAACUUUCACUACAACUACAGUUCAGCUGUGGCGACGGCCGCAGACGAAGCCCUGGGGCUAUCCUAUCCCAUCAUUACGCUGCCUGUGGGGUGCAGGGCGUUGGUUGGCGAUCCAUCAUCCAACCUUUGAUGUCUCUACUGGAGUAG